CCGUACACCACAUUGUUGUGGUUUAGAAAUCGUGAUGUUGUAAAAUAUGAAAGUAUAAAAUUAAAGUAUGUUUAUUAUAACUAGCUCUUUAAUUAAAAUACUUUUAUUGUUUAACUUUUAUAAAUGUGUACAGACGAUAUGUGAAAAUUCAACCACUUGCUCUGAAGAAAUUUAUAACUCAUCAAGUCCUUUAAUUUAUUGUUCAUUUUUGCCAGAUGAAUUUAUUUCAUGUGAUGACCCAAUACAAGUAAACGAUACAACACGAGAAACACUUGGAUAUGGAUGUAAUAGAUAUGGAAAGAUUCGUUAUGAAGAUGUGCAGUUCACAAAAGUUUUUUGUCAUGCUCUUGAAGGUAUAGAGUGUUAUGGCAAUAGAACAUUUCUUAGAGGAAAUGUACCAUGUAUCAAAUACACUGGCCAUUGCUUUGUAACCACACUUUUGUAUUCAGUUGUACUAGGUUUUUUUGGUGUUGAUCGCUUUUGUUUGGGUCAUACAGGGACAGCAGUUGGAAAGUUAUUGACUUUAGGUGGAUUGGGUAUUUGGUGGUUUGUUGACAUAAUUCUUUUAGUCAUAGGCGAAUUGCAACCUGCUGAUAACAGCAACUGGAAUCCCUAUUAUUAACCUGCUGACAACUGCAACUGAAAUCCCUAUUAUUAAAAAACAUUUUAUAAAACAUGUGCUGUGGAUUUUUUGUUGUUGUUGUAUAUUAGUAUUUAUAAGUUAUAUAUUUUAUGUUAUGUUAUUUUAUAUAUAUAUAAUUAUAUAAAUUUGUUAAUAUUAUUCUGAAACUUUAUCAAUAUAAUUUGAUGUAAACAGUUCCAUGAUCAUUUAAUUAAUAAUAUACAAUUUAGUAAUAUGCAUUUUAGAACUGUGUUAAUGUGAGGGCAACAUCACAAUGUUGUAGUGUGUUGAUGUGAUGACAACAUUGCAAUGUAGUUGUUUGUUAAUGUGAUCAUAAAAUUGCAAUCUAUUUGUUUGUUGAUGUGAUGACAGCAUUGCAAUGUAGUAGUUUGUUUAUGUGAUCACACCAUUACAAUGAAGUAAUAUGUUGAAGUGAUAACAUUGCAAUAUAUUGAUAUGACAGCAUUACAAUGUAGUAGUUUGUAAAUGUAAUCACAACAUUACAAUGUUCUGGUACUACUCAACAUUUUUUUUUUUUGCAAUGUGUUUGGUAAGAUUAUGUCAUAUUUAUGAUAAGAUAAUAUUUAUACUUAACAAGUUUUUAUUAGAAUUUUUGUGUUGAAACAAAGAAAGUGUUGAAACAAAGUUUUAGAAUAAAGAUUUUGAUCAAAGAAGUGUUAAUAUAUAUAGAGUGAGAAAUAAAGAAAAGUUUUUUUU